AUGAAACGACGAAAUGUAUUUAUAGACCAAGAUUUGAUGAUGCUCUCAAAUGCCAUGGAGUUUAGACCAAUUGUCAUUGACCAAGGAACAGGAAUGAUGAAGGCUGGCUUCUCGGGUGAUGAUAUGCCUCUCUUACUCAUGCCCACAGUGAUGGCAGCAGAUGAUCCCAUCAUCGAUCCCAAUAGCAGUAAAUUUGUUGGUCAUCGAGGAGCUCAGCCCAACUCAACCUCAAAUAUACAGACCAAAAUGCAUCAGCAACAACAAUCCGCAUCAUCGUCUGAAAAAACACCCGAAGUUCAAGUAGUGCAAAAUAAUGAGGAUGAAUUGAGCUAUUUAAUUGGAGAUGAGGCUCUUGGAGUGGAUCGAUCAUCGGGAGCCAUAUCACGUUCUGCCAAAUAUUUUUCCUUCAAUGCAAACAAUGAAAAGAACUAUCGGGAAAAACGAGACUCUCGAAAUACAAGUACCCUUAUUACACCAAUGGAGAGAGGAGUUGUCGAUGAUUGGGACAUGAUGGAGCGCAUGUAUGAGGCAAUUUAUUCACACCCAAAAAUUAACAUGACACCGGAAAAUCAACCUCUUCUCAUUUCAGAAGCUUGUGAAAAUCCUAAAGAGAAUCGAUAUCACAUGGCAGAAAUAUUAUUUGAGAAGUAUAAGGUCCCCUCUCUUUUUAUUGCAACGCAACCAGUUUUGUCGUUAUAUUCUACUGGAAAAUCGAGCGGCCUCGUGGUUGAAAUUGGGCAUGGCGUCUCUCAAAUGGUUCCAAUAUUUGAAGGUUUUCCUCUUUACCAUGCCAUUGUUAAGUCAGAAUUUGGAGGACAAGAUUUAACAAAUUAUUUGCGACAAAUUCUAGAAAAGAAUAGACGCUACGAUCAAUUUAUUAAUUACGGAACGAUUGGAGGCUUAAAAACUGUUACGGAAAUUAAGGAAAAACUGUGUUAUGUGUCACAAAAUAUUGCAGAGGAGCAAUACAAUGUUGGAGUGUCAGAAUAUGUAUUACCAGAUCGAAAAGUGAUACAAAUUUCUCAUGAGGCUUAUAAAUGCCCUGAAGCACUAUUCUAUCCUAAACUGGCUGGAAAACCGAGCAUAUUCGGAGUGCAUGAAGCUCUGUAUCAUGUGUAUGACAAAUCUGACGAUUAUGUCAAACAAAUUUUAAUGGACAAUAUUGUUCUUGCUGGUGGAUCUACAAUGUUUUCUGGUUUUAAGCAACGAUUGGUCAGUGAGUUUUCUCGUAUCUUGACGGAGAAGACAGGAUCCUCAAAGAUCACUGAAAGAAGUGUGAGAGCAGAGAAUGACAGAAUAUUUGGUGCCUGGAUUGGUGGCUCUAUUCUUGCUUCAUUGCCCACUUUCCAACAGUUGUGGAUCACACGACAAGAUUAUGACGAGCACCAUGACGCAAUCUUCAGCCGGUGUUAUGGAUAA